CAUUUGCAGCAGGAUUAAGUAUGGAAGUGGGUAGUAAAAAUCUAUAUGACAUCUUGACUAUGUUGAAGCCAUGAUUGCUAUAAUUUUAUUUUUAUUUGAAAGCAAAAUUUUCUACUAGGAAGUGUGGCAUUUUGCUAAUUUGAUGUCAAGAUGUACGUAUAUAUAACCAAAGAAAAAAAAUCUAACUAAAUCUAACUAGUCAGUCAAACCUUUAUAUAAAAAAGAAGAUGUGGUAUGAUUGCCAAUGAGACAACUAUCCACAAGAGACCAAAAUGACAGACAUUAACAACUACAUUGUAUAAGUCACCUUACAGCCGUCAACAAUGAGCAAAGUCCAUACCGCAUCUAUAGUCAGCUACAAAAGGCCCCAAAAUGACAAUGUAAAACAAUUCAAACGAGAAAACCAACAGCCUCAUUUAUAUAAAAAAUGAACGAAAAACAAAUAUGUGACACAUAAACAAACGAUAACCACUGAAUAACAGGCUCCUAACUUGGGACAGGCGCAUACAUAAAUAAUGUGGCAGGGUUAAACAUGUGAUGGGGGUCCCAACCCUCCUCUAACCUGGGACAGUGGUAUAAUAGUACAACAUAAAAACGAAGUAUAAAAAUUAGUUGAAAAAGGCUUAACUCAUCAGAUGGACAAAAAUAAAAUUGGACAUGGCCUGAGGUACUUGUACAUGUACAUCCUGACAACAAAAAGACUAGGAACAGAUUUGAGAGUACCGGCAGUCAUCUGACAGCUAGUUCAAAGCCACUAAGUUAACAUCUAAUUAAAAAAAAACAAUCAUCAAAUACUAAACAUACAUGGAAUAAAGAAUAAGGGUUUUUAUGCAUUACAACUAUGACCUUUAAUCCUUAUGUUUUGUCCAAAACAUGACAAUACAACCAUGAUAAUGGGGUGAGGUCUGAUUAUAUGGAAAUCAGCAGAUCCAGAAUUUUUCAUAACUUCCUAAGAGGGGAGGGCUCUGGUCAUGCUUCAGUGAAUUCCUAUAUAAUCAAUAAUUUUUCCAAGAAAAGUUCCCCCAAAAUCUGUGUUUGUUCGCCUGAAAACAUGUUUCCCAUACUCUCUUUUGCCCCCUUUCACUUUCUCACCUUACACGUUCACAGCCAAAGUCCAUUCAAACACAUUUUAUUGGUUUUGUCAAGGAUUUGUAUGGUAAGAUAAUUUUUAUAAUAUUUUUGUAUACAUACAAUGUACAUUUGUAUACAUAAAUGUACAUGUAUUAAAAAAUAUCUAAUAAUUUAACUGGAAUUUUUAUGAAAAUUUGACUUCAACAUGUAUUCUGUGCGAACCAACUUAGGGGCGAACAUGAGAGGUGCAAACAUGUAGGGUGCGAAACUGUAUUAUUAAGCAUGAACAGACCUGAUAACGGAACACUGUAAAACAUGAAAUUAAAAUCGCAAAAACAUUGCAUAGAAAUAAUUGUAGAGUUGUUUUGAUGAUUAUCACAAACUACUUGUUUCCAAUUGGGGUUGAUCAUGAAGAAGAGGUUCAAGUGCCAAAUUCAAGAAGCUUUACACAAUGGCGAGAAGGAAGAAGAGUUGUUGAGCUUGGUAUACUUGCUGAUGGAUUGCGUGGGUGUGCAAAAUGUGGACUUCCUUUACAACUUGGACACACUACCAGUAUACUUACAUGUGGAUUGUCUGCUAUUCUAAAGAUUCCUUGUAGUAACACAGUGUGUAGACAUGUCAAUAAUAUACCAACUGGGAAAAGACAGGAGAGAAUAUGGGAUGCAAAUGUAAAGCUUGCUUCAGCUUCAAUAAAUGCAGGACUGGGUGAAAGGCAAGUCAACACAUUACUAUCUGGUUUAAAUAUUCCUCCUGUGAGCCAUUGUAUGAUGUCAGCUAGGCAAAAGGAUGUUGGAGUUGCACUACAAGAAGUAGCAAAAGAAACAGUAGAUCAAGCCCUGUGUGAGGAAGUAGAGUUAACUAAAAGAAAUAAAGACCAAGAUAGUAUAACAGCUGCUGUAGAUGCGGGAUGGCAAAUGAGGGGCAGUGGAAGGUCUUAUAACAGUUUGUCUGGUCAUUGUUCUAUGAUAGGUACCGAAACUGGAAAAAUAGUUAAUUAUGCAGUCCGAAUAAAGUCAUGCAGAGUUUGCUCUUUGGCAGAAAAAUCUAAAAGCUCACCACCUGUGCACGAGUGUCACAUGAAUUGGUCUGGGAGUGCAAAGAGUAUGGAAGCAGACAUGGUCACAGAAAUGGUCAAAGAUGUGGGGAAAAAGGGUGUUAGUGUUAGCUCAAUAGUAGGUGAUGAAGACAGCACUACUAUUGCUAGACUAAGAGCAAAUGUUGACAAGGAUAUAACAAAGGUGUCGGACUCAAACCAUGUUAAAAAACUGCUGGGAAACAGUCUUUAUGAAAUAAGGAAGAAGCAUAAAACAUUGACAAUAAAAGUUAUUCAGUAUUUACAACGCUGUUUCAACUAUAUACUGGCUCAAGGCAAAGGAAAUCCAGACAUGAUAAAAGAAAGUAUACUGGCUCUUUCUGGUCACCCUUUUGGACAGCAUGAGCGUUGUAACAACACUUGGUGUAGGUUCUUGGAUAACCCAAAUGAAAAGUUUAACUCAUUGCCACAUGGUAAACCACUCACAGAUGGGGCCCUUCAGAAUGAUUUAAAGAGUGUGUUCACCAAGUAUGCUGAGAAUAGUGGUAAACUUUCGUCAUUAGGAAGUACUCAGGCAAACGAAAGUUUUAAUAGAAUUGUAGCUUCCAAGGCCCCUAAACAACAACACUACAGUUCGUCUGGUUCUUUGAACUAUAGAAUAGCGGCUUGUGUUGCUCAGAAGAAUGAAGGGAAUAAAUAUAUAUUAGAUGUUAACAAGAACAUGUCUGUAUCCCCAGGAUAUUAUACUCUACGUUUGGCAGUCCUAAGAGAUAUUCAACACCGGAAAAGAAAGGCGAUAGCAAAUACUUAUAGGUUCAAACAAAGACGAAGAAAUUUAAAGUCAACAAGACAUCAAAAGCUUGCAACAAGAGAAGUUAGAGAAGGUGUCACUUAUUCUUCUGGCAUUGGCUUGGAAGACCACCUUUCAGAUGACAUUGAAGAAAUUCCAAGUCCAUCACUUCAACCUGCAUACCAAACUAUUGAAUGGUCCACUACAGUGAAUAACAUUUUCUUUGACAUUGAAGCAACAGGCUUAGCAAGAAACUCUCACAUAACACAGAUUUCUGCAACAUCUGACAAAGGUUCUAUCAACACAUAUGUACUUCCAAAGAAACCAAUAACACCUAAGGCACAGGAAAUAACAGGGAUCAAAGUUGAAGGUAGCAAGAUGUUUUGCCAUGACAAGGAAGUGAAAUCUGUUGGCAUCAAAGAGGCUUUAAAGAUGUUAAUAUUAUUUUUAGCACAAUACAAGAAAAAUGUAAUUAUAGGUCAUAACAUCAAGUCAUAUGACAUACCAGUGCUGUUUUGUGCUUUAAAUAACUGUUCAAUUAUGAAUGAAUUUUCAUGUUCCAUUCUUGGAUUUUUAGACACACUACAACUUUUUAAAUCUUUGUUACCUGGAUUAACCUCAUAUGCACAAUCAAAUUUGUACAAUACAGUAUUAAAUGAAACAUAUGACGGUCAUGAUUCAAUGGAGGACGUUGUUGCUUUGAGUCGUCUUUUCCAUCACUUGGCUCCAUCAACAGAAGCAAAACAAUUGUCAUCUUUUUCCUUUGAUUCAGCUGCAAGGAGAUAUGACCACAACCAGAAAACAAAACUACUUCUCCCUACUUUGACACCUCUUACAGAGAAGAAAGUAAUUACACUAAGAACUGCAAAUGUAAUAGCAGCAAGUGGCAUGUCUUUUUCUCACCUACGUAUUUCAUAUGCAAGAGAUGGCCGCCAAGGAAUAGAAGAUGUUCUGAAAGAGGAGGAUGUAAAUGGAAAAGUGCGUGUUACCAAAUCAAAGAAGAUAGUUGAUGCCAUAUCAGACUUUUUCAAAAGUUUAAAACCAGAUGAGUGAUGUACUUUAGCAUGUAUCUUUCAUAUUUGUAUAUCCGAAUUUGAACUGCAUUCCAAUUUUGCUUUAGGUUAUUUCAUAUUCAAAAUUUAUUAUAUAGACUAUGGUUUUCAGAGUGUAAAUUUGUUUUGUUUAAAAAACUAAUUGGCAUGUAAAUUAAUGUUCAGGUAUUUUUUGUUAUUGAGAAUGUUAAUUUUUCUAUCCAUUUAUUAUCUGAAGCAUGAAAUUUUGGUCUAAGCAAGAGUGGAGAGUCAUCUAAUUCUAUUGAUAUUUUGGAAAAUACUUUAAUUCAAAUUGAUCAUAGGGACUGUAUUGUACUUAAAAAAUAUAUCAGCUAUUACAAAUGAUUUAUUCUGAAAAAAUAAAGGGGAUAAUUUUGAGUAUUGUCAUGGACCUCUUACUGCACUUGUCAAUAUUUACAUUGUAAGGGAACGUUGGUACCUGAAUGGUGCCUUACAUGUAAUUGUUUUAAUUCCCUUUCAUUUUCAAGGUAUAAUAACAAUUGUAUCAUAUUAUGGUAUGCAUGAUAAGUUUAUUAAUUUUUCCAGUUAUGAUGUUAAAGGGUUAAAUUUUAACAAAAUUCUGGAUUUUUGAACUUGGCUAUUUUCCAGAAACUUCCUGUGAUGGUCAACAUAUGACUGUGUGUUACAGAUUGACAAAAGGAAAAAGUUGGAAAACUAUGUUUACUAGCUAACAUCACAUAAUAAUUUGCUCCAUAAAUAUACUUUAAUUUUUGUUUAUGAAGUUUUUAAAGUAAAAUGAGGCAGUAAUACUACUGAAAUUGAACAAAAUAUGGGCAAAACCACAGUUUUUUGAAAAUUCAAAUUCAGUUUAUUUUCUAAUUCCAACAUGGAUUUUUUUUCUUGUAUCAGUUUUCAAGAUCAUAAU